AUGGCAUCAGAAUCGCAAAUUUCCACUGUCUACGUUCAGAAUCUCGAAGAGCGCGUCAAGCUCGAAACGUUGGUGGAUGCCUUGAGAACGAUUUUCUCCGAGUUUGGCAAUGUUGUUGACAUUGUCGCGAAGAAGAACCUUCGCGCAAAAGGCCAGGCGUUCAUUGUCUAUGACAAUGCUGAGAGCGCAAAUGAGGCCAUUGAAGAAAUCAAUGGAUUUGAUCUUUUUGAGAAGCCGAUGAAGCUUGCCCUGGCACGAUCGCGAAGCGACAAGACUGUCGAACUUACAGGCAGCCAAGAAGAGCUUGAAAACCACAAGCGCCACCGACAGGCUGAAAAGGACAAGCGCAAAGCCGAAGAAGAGCAGAGACAGAGCAACAAACGGGCUUCUGGUGCGGUCGACAAUAGACCCGCGAAGGCCGCCAAGUCCUCAGGCCUCAAGUCUACCAGCGCAGCAGCAGCAAACAGUGUUCUCGACGAGUUCCUUCCACCCAACAAGAUUCUUUUCGUCCAGAAUCUACCCGAAGAUUACGAUAUCGAGGCUUUGACAAGUGUGUUUGGACGCUUCGAAGGUUUCCGGGAAGUCAGACUGGUUCCUGGUCGUCGUGGCAUCGCCUUUGUGGAAUAUGAGGCGGAACAAGGAGCUAUAACUGCGAAGGAGAACACUGCUGGCCUGAACCUGGGCGACAAACCUAUCAAGGUCACAUACCAGCGACAAUAG